GCGGGCACUUCCGUUCUGCCCUGCCUCAGGUUCCGCAGUGUGGCUGAGGAAGACUCCUCCAUCCAUGUUCCGCGCAGUAACCCUGCUUCCCGCAGCUGUGAGGAGAGUGGGGCGAGGUCCCAAUCUGCGCCAUGGCUGCAGUGACCUAUGAGGAUGUGCAUGUGAACUUCACUCACGAAGAGUGGGUUUUGCUGGAUCCUUCCCAGAAGAGUCUCUACAAAGAUGUGAUGCUGGAAACCUACUGGAACCUCACGGCUAUCGGAUACAAAUUGGAAGACCUGAAUAGUGAGGAACACCCUCAGCGCUCUAGAAGAUAUGGAAGACAUAAGAUCUGUCACUCUGAAUACAAGCCUUGUGAACUUAAGGGACAUGGAAAGAAGCAAUGUACCUUUGCAGAUAAAAGGUUUCUUCAAAUAUAUGAAAGAAUCCAUACUGAAGGGAAACCCUAUGAAUGUAAGCAAUGCAGUCAAAUCUUCGUAAAUUUCUGUCAUCUUCGAAAGCAUGAAAAAAAACAUACUAAAGAAAAACUAUAUGAAUGUAAUCACUGUGGUAAAUCCUUUCCAAGUCGCAAUUCUCUUCAAAUACACAACAGAACUCAUACAGGAGAGAAACCCUAUGAUUGCAAUGAGUGUGGUAAAGCCUUUACAUGUAGCAGUAAUCUACUACUACACAAAAGAACUCACACAGGAGAGAAACCCUAUGAUUGCAGUGACUGUGGGAAAGCCUUUGCAAGUAGCAGUAAUCUUCAGAUUCAUAAAAGAAAGCACACUGGAGAGAAACCCUAUGGAUGUAACCAAUGUGGUAAAGCCUUUGCAUAUAGUAAUGCUCUUCAAAAACAUGAAAGAAGUCAUACUAGAGAAAAAAUCUAUGAGUGUAAUCAAUGUGGUAAAGCCUUUGCACGUCAUAGAAGUCUUCAAAAUCAUGAAGAACAUCAUACUCUUGAAAAACCAUAUGAAUGUAGUCAAUGUGGUAAAGCCUUUGCCUAUAGCAGUAAUCUUUAUAUACACGAAAGAAGUCAUACUGGAGAAAAGCCAUUCAAAUGUACUCAAUGUGGUAAAGCCUUUCCAAGUCACAGUUCUCUUCAAAUACAUGAAAGAACUCAUACAGGAGAGAAACCCUAUGACUGUAAUGAAUGUGGUAAAGCCUUUGCAUGUCGCAGUAAUCUACUACUACACAAAAGAACUCAUACGGGAGAAAAACCCUAUCAUUGCAUAGAAUGUGGUAAAGCAUUUGCAUGUAGCAGUAGUCUUCAAAAACAUGAAAAAACUCACACUGGAGAGAAACCUUAUGAAUGUAACCAAUGUGGCAAAGCCUUUGCACGUCGAAGUGAUCUGUAUAUACAUGAAAGAAUCCACACGGGAGAGAAACCAUAUGAGUGUAAUCAAUGUGGCAAAGCCUUUGUACAUUGCAUUAGUCUUCAGAGGCACGAACGGACGCACACUGGAGAGAAACCCUAUGAGUGUAACCAAUGCGGGAAAGCCUUCACACGUCGCUUUAGUCUUCAGGUACAUGAAAGAAGUCAUAGUGGAGAGAAACCUUAUGAGUGUAAUCAAUGUGGGAAAGCCUUUGCAAGUCGUAGUAGUCUUCGAUAUCAUAGAAAACAUCAUACUGCUAAGAAACCAAUUAAUCAGUGUGGUAAAGCCUUUCCAUGUUGUAGUCAUCUUCAAAUCCACAAAAGAAAUCAUACUGGAAGAAACUAUGAGUGUAGUCAAUGUGGACAAGCCUUUAUAUGUCACAGUAACCUUCAUAAUCACACAAAAAAUGUCAUGGAGAGAAACCCUACAAAAGUAAUUGAUGCAGUAAGCUUUGGCAUGUAAGUUUAAUAUUGGGACAUAUCAAAGAACUCAUACUGAGAGAAACACUGUGAAUGGAAUCAAGUGAUAAUGCUUCUGCAUGUUAUGGUCUUCAAAGGCAUGAGAGAAUUCCUACUGGGGUAGGAAUGAAGCCAAUGAAGCCAUAGCCUAUACCAUGAAGCCAAUAAAUGCAGUAAAGCCUUAUAAACAAGCACAUUUGGUGGGAACACUGAGUGAGCCCACUGGGAAUUAUGUAAGAUUAGUAGAAUCAUUUCAUCAUUAAAAUAUUGUCUUUUUUUUUACAAAUUGUCAUCCAAGAAUAGAGGAACACAAAAUAAUUUGAAUAAUAAACCUACUUGCAAAUGAAAAUAAUAUUAAUACUGCCAUUAUUUUUAUGGAUUACUUUAUUCCGAGGAAUUAAUACUUGUUCUUAACCCUUUCUCAGAAGCACAAAUGAAUGGCAGAGAAGUGUCUCCAUGACUGAAGGUGGUUGCUGCUGAGCCUAAUGACCUGACUUUAUAUGUAAUGUGGAACUCACAUUACUCAUGCAAGUUUUUCUCUGAUUUUUACAGUUGGGCUGUGUCAUAUGCACACACGUAAUGGUACAUAUAUACAAAAGUGUUUUUGACAGGUAAAUAAGGGCCAAUGAUUUCACUCGAUAAUUGAAGGCACUUCCUGGAACCUGGACUACCUGUGUUUGAUCUCUACAACUCUGCUAGAGGAACUAGGGAAUUGACACCUGUAAGUUGUCUUCUGACUGGCACAUGCACAACAUAGCACAGGUGUAUACACACAGACAAAAAUUAUUAUAGAUGAAAUUAAAGAAAAUAACUGAAAUAUUGAGAACAUAAAUGAUUUACCAGUCAUAACAAGUGCAUUCUAGUAUCCCAAGAAGUUUCUGUUUCUCCAAAGAAUGGUGUCUCCUGUUUAAAUCUUACAUUAUCCUUUCUUUCAUUCUCUGAUUUAAAGAUAGGUCAUUUUAAAACCAUCUCAGCUGGGUGUAGUAGUCCACGCCUGUAAUCUCAGCACUUCAGAGACAGAGUCAGGUCAAUUUUUAUGAGUUUCAGGCUAGUCUGAACUACGUAGUUAGAUCCAGGAUGGCAUAGCUAUGAAGAGAGACCCUGUCUCAAAAAUUACAAAACAAGAAACAAGACCGAAAUACAUCAAUAACAACUAAAAAAUCCCCCAAAUCAAACAAGCAUAUCUCCUAUUAUGGAUCUUUUUAAAAUAUGAUAUGGAAGUAGUAAGAAUUUUGUAAUUUUCAUUUCUUUAAAAAACACAGUAACAUUAUGGAAAUAUAUUUUUGUUUUAAUCCCAGGUGUGAGUAUAUGGAACAUCUAUGAUUUGCCUCAUAUGUAAUUUUUCUUCAAUUGUGUCAUGUUUGGAAUUCUGGAGACUUUUCAGAGGACAUCUAUAGAAAUGCUAUGGCCCCAAGAGGCAACGUGGAUUGAUGGUUGGUAGCUGAAUGCUAUUGCUCAAAGAAACAAGAGCAAAAAGUUAGAUCUCCUGAUGGCAAAGGUCAACUUUGUCCCAAGGACUUCGGCAGGAAGCAAUCUGAUGAUGACAUUGCUUCUUUCCCUAUAUCCUUUCCCUUCAGACUUACUACUCAGGUUGAAAGAGAAGAAGAAAAGGGGUGGUGGAGAAGGGUAGAAGAAAUAACCCACAAAGCAGCAAACGCUGGUACAAUUGGCACCCAAACAUGGGGCUAGGCAGAAUGGGAAAUUUUAUUUCAAAUGCCAUAGAGGAAACAGCUGGGGAUGAAGGAAGGGAUUUUUGUUUCAAGAUGCCAGCAAAACAUUUAUUGUGGCUGCUUACCUUGGAUAUUUCCUGAUUUGUUCCCAGGGAGGAUCUUCUGUGUUUGUUUUGUUUUUUCUUGUCGUUCUUGUUUAUAUUUAUUUUUUCUUCUCCCCGUAUCCUGUUUCAAAAAAGGUGGGAAGAAAGGCUUAGCAGUUGGAAAAUUUGGGAGUGAAAAAUGAAGGGACUAAGAAACAAAAAUGGCAGAGGUGAGAAAACAAAAGGGUUCACUCUGCUCUUUCUUUUUCGAAAGGUUUACAGAAUUGCCAGGGCUACUGGAAAAAUUGCAGGUGGAUGUUGAAGCACUUUGGAAAGUACAAGCACUGGAAAAAGGAGAACAAAAAGACUCAGUCCAGGUGACUGCACAAGAUAGCAGGACUUUCUGACAGGAAUAAAGUGGGAAAGAAACUGCUUUGGAGGGUCCUCGGGUCAGAAAAAAACUAAGAAAAGAUGGCAGUCGAAGGAAACAGCUGAUUUCAAGAGAAAGGGUUAAUCUCAAAGCUAGUGUGCCUUCAAAGUGGGAGCAGGGCAGCCUGGAGUUACAAAAUCACUAUCAUCUUUCCCAGUAAUCAUGCAGCAUAUGCCUGCUGAUAGGGUAAAACAAAGUUAUGUCAAGAUAGGAUGGCAUCCUGUUGAGUUGAUAAAUCUAAGGCAUUUUAAGGAGGCCAUGGUUUCAUAUGGGAUGCCCUCAUCUUAUAUGAAACAAAUUUUAAAUGACUGGUCUACUCAAAAUAGAAAUAUACCUUUACACAUGCUGAAAGGAAGGAGCUGUGAAUAUUGAAAAGUGAAAUAGUGUAAGGGGAAUGAAUAUAGUAAAAGACCAAAUGCUAGGCAAAAGGCAGUACUCUGACAUGCAAGAACCAAAUCAAUUCAAUUUUGUUACUAUGGAGCAAUGUUGCUUGGUGGCUUUAAGAGCUUGGGACAAAUUUGAGAAGAAUGAUAUAAGAUCCACUUCAUUUACAAGGAUUAUAUAAGGAACUGAAGAAACCUUCACUGAUUUUUUUUUUUUAAACAAAGAUUAGUCUCAGCUGUAAAGAAAGCCCCAUCAGACCCUGAUGUAAGGCAGGUGUUGAUAGAAACCUUGGCAGAGGAAAGUGCAAAUACAGAAUUAUACCAUCAAAGGCUUGGAAAGCACACAUGGAUUAGUGAUAAAAGACUGAUAUUGGUUCUAAUGUGUACUAUGCUCAUAGCAUAGAUCAAGCUAUAACUAGAGGUCUCUAAUAUCAAAGUGCUUCAAUUGCAUGAAAUACACUCAUUUGAAAAGAGACAGUGACCAAGCCGUUAAAGAUCUCAGAUCACAAAAUACCAGUUUGUUAAAUGCAAGAAAUAUGAUAUUUAGUACUGAAAAAGUAAACAAGGCGCCUUUAAGGGUAAUGGGUUUUCUAAAUAUACACCAGAAAGACAGCCUAGUCAUCAAACUAUGUUCAGGGAAUGUGGCAAGGGUUUCCAUUGGACCAAUGCAAGCUACUGCAGGCAAUGCUGCUCUAGACCUGGCCAUAGAUAAAAACAUCUUACUAUAUUCUCCAGAACUCAGUGUUAUAGAAAUAUAUACUGAAGUCUAUGGUCUUUUGUCUUCCAGGACAGUAGAGAAUGAUCUUGGGAAUGUGCAGAUUGACUUCUCAAGGAUUCAUUGUCUAUCCAGAAAUUAAAGACGAAGACUUCAAAAGAGAAAUUAAAAUUAUAGCCUAUGUAAAACCGGAGAUGGAAUUUAAUGCAGGUGAUAGGAAUUGUUCAGCUUCUACAGUUUCCCUACAUCAAAGUCAAAAUAGUCAAGUAGAAAGAACAGGAGGGUUUGGAAGUACUGGAAAACAUGUUCUGGCAAACAAUUUUUAAUGAUCAUAGGCCAAAAUUAAAAUUGCAAGUAAAUGUAUUGAAAUAGUAAGUUUGGUGGGCAUAGGAGCAGAUGUAACUAUUACUUAUCAAAACUCUCGAAAUUCAGAACGGCCACUUCCAAAAGUUUACACACAGUUUCUAGGAACUGGAAAGUUUUCUCAGACAAAAUGUACUGUGGAUCAAAUGUAUGAGACCAGGAUGUCAAAAAGGAAAGUUAAAGCCUUAUGUGGAUGUCAUACCCAUGUUUAUAGGGAAGGGCUCUUUUACAACAGUGGGCUCAGAUUAAUAAUUCCCACAAUUAUGAAUUCCCACAAUGAUGAAAUUAGGGCUGAACUGGUACAUGCUCCUGGGAAAUGUAUUGCUAUGCAUCAUCAAAAAAUAACUCAAGUCUGUGCCAAUUGUCCAAACACAAGACAUCACAGGAAUUGAGUUUCCAAAUUUAUAAGGGAGGCCACCACUGAAGUACCAAUGGCCCUACCCUUAAAAUGGUUGACUGGCAUGCCCGUGUGGGUAAUGGCCCUUAACAAAGGAAAAAUUAUAGGCAUUUGAGCAGCUGGUACAAGCGCAGCUGUAGGGACAA